GACCUUUGCCGGUCGGGUAGCCUUGACCUCGUCCGAUCAGGUAGCCUUGACCCCUGCCUGUCGAGUAGCUUUGACCUCCAGCCUGCCGUAACGCAUUGACCUCAGUCUACCUUGCAACCUUGAUCCCAGUCGGCAAGGUAGCCUUGACCCUUCAUCACGUGGUCCCGGGGAAGUAUGAGCUCCCUCAAGUCCACGACCCUCAGCGUCAUGAGACCGCCCAAGCCCCCUUGCUGGCGGGACUUCAUCGCGCCCACGCCCAAAAGCAUCAACUCCGACGGCUUCGACAUCACGGACCUAAUGGGGCGCGCGCUCGGCGCCAAGUCUCCGACCACGGAGUUUCUCGACGUGUCUCGGAGCUCCACCUCACUCCCCGGCAACAAACCCAGCCGUCUGGCCCGACGACCGCGGGCCAGAAUCCACCGGACGAGAAGCGAACACGUCAUCCACGCCGAGGACCUCCCCGAGAGCGCCUUCACCGGAACCCUCGCGGACAACGACCCCAAAGGACUGCGAACCCGUAUGCCAGACGGUCGUCUGUACGUCGAAGAAAACAACAGACGGUGCCAGAACUGGUUAGCCAGCAUCGAAGCGGCGGAACCGCUCGACACCGUCGACUACACCAGCGAAGACUCUCCGCAAUCUUAUUCCAUUUCCUCCGGUCUCCAAAGCGAGACCCGUCGUGAUUCGGGAAACUCCGGACGUUUAAAAAACGUGGAUUACGCACUCAUUCCUAUACACGAAUCCGACCAGGGCGUCGAGGUCGAAAUUCCGGAAGAGACUUUUGUCUGGGAUAUUUCCCAAGACGCGCGUCCGCACUCCCCGAGCUCUGGAGAGGAGAUGUGCAGUGCGUGUAAGAAGAUCACCCCACAGGUCGACAACAAGAAAAGCCCCUGGCCGUCAAGACACCACUCUUGUACGCACACAGAUAACCCACCACGCAGACAGUCGCCGGAGAAACCCGAGAGCGCCCAGGGUGAAGGUCGAUCCACGCACCGCACCAGCGAGUUCAGAAGACACUCCACCAGCAAAAAAAUUCAUUCGCGACUCUGUGAUCCGGAGAAAGAGGCACGGGUGUCGCACCCGGCGCAGGAACCCGUCGUCAAAUAUUCCAGUCAUUCUGAACAAUCCGGAGGGGAUGCCUCGUCGAGUAAAGGUCAAGGUCAAACGACUCAUAUCGUCCAGGAAAGAAGCAACUCAAACAGAAAGGGCACCAGGUCCUCUUCACGACACCACGAGACUUUAAACGAAUACUGUGAGACGGAUAUCAACGUUAUAGAUGAAACUACUUAA